AUGAACAAAUCUAGUGAAGCGGAUUACGCGGAUUCAAUAUACAUAUUUUACGGAACCUACAUUGGCGUGAUAUUUAUACUGGGGCUGUUCCAAAAUUCAGUGACGCUUUACGUGUUUAUUCGCGAUAAGCGACUUCACAAGUUUCACAACUAUUUCAUCGUUGCACUGGCAAUAGCCGAUGUUGGGAUGUGCCUUUGUGGGCACUGGAUGGUCGUGGUGUCCGCACUUUAUCAUCGCUGGGUUUUUGCAAGACAAGGUUGUGUUAUAUAUGGAUUUUCAACUACAUUUUUCGGACUAAGUCAGAUUUCACUGCUGGCGUCGAUUGCUUUCGACAGAUACCUUAUAAUCGUUAGGCCCCAUGGUUUGCGGUUUACAACAAAGACGGCUUGUAUAUUAGUGGCCGUGUGCUACAUAUACGGAUGCGUUUGGGCAAUGUUUCCAGCAAUUGGCUGGAGUUCAUACCAACUUGAAGGACUGCUGGUACGAUGUGCUAUAAACUGGCAAAGUAAAACACCAUUUGAUUUAUCAUUUUCAUUAUCAGUGAUGGUGCUUGGCUGGAUGCUACCCUUGUUUGUAAUCAUUUUUAGCUACGGUGGAUUGUUUAAUAGGUUGCGCAUUGACAAACGUCGACAACUUUUAAAGCGUCAUCGAAAUAAAUCAAAACGACAUAAAAAUGAAGGAAGAAUGGCGAUUACUGUGCUACUUAUGAUAGGCGCAUUCUUCAUAAGUUGGACUCCUUAUUCAGUGGCUACCUUAGUCGCAGCCUUCGGACCGAAAGACAAAGUUCCAACGUUUUUGACAGUGUUACCAGCUAUAUUCGCCAAAUCAUCAAUAAUUUGGAACCCUAUUAUCUAUGUUGCUAGACACAGCUUAUUCCGAAAGUCUUUGUCAGAACAUAUACCGUGCUUGUUCUGCUUCGGUGCAAAGAAGUCUCUUUGUGCUAACAGAACAAAUGAAAGACAUAGUGAUUUGACCACGAAUAGACGAGAAGAUAUAAGUGGUAAUCGAAUAUCAAUGAAUAUGGCAAGAGUUAAGGAGACAUUUGUAUAG